UGCGCUGCCCUGUGGUGUCUGCCCCGCCAGGCAAUCCCCACCCCCGGCCUCCCUUGCCCCCUGGCCGCGGGAGCCGAAGCCCAUCAGCCCCAGUGAGCUGCGGAGGGGGAGGUGCAUCCUGGGAAGGAGCAGCCCGACAUGGGUCUCCGCCUGGGCGGCUCGCAGCCCCUGCCACCGCCUCCUCCGUGAGCAGCUCCCCUGAGCCGCCCGCCGGCCGCCGCCGCCCGGAGCUGAGCCGGGGGGAGGAGGCGCUCGGCGGCCUGGCCCGGAGCGACGGGGGGACGCGGCGCUGCCCGCCCCGCAUGAGGGAAGGGGGGGCCGCUCCCACCCGCCCUGCUCGGUGCCCGUUGCCGCCGCCGCCGCCCCGCACACAGCGCCCGAGCGCAGCCCCCGCGCCCCGCUCGUUGCCCCGAUGAUGGACAGGAACUACCCGCCGACUCCCAGCUUCGCCGACCCGCUGGCCCCAGCCGCCGCCGCGCAGCCGGCCGCCACCGCCGCCUGGGCCUACGAGCGAGGCGCGGGCAGCCUCAAGCCCAGCUUAAGCUAUGGAGGAGGACAUCCAUCACACUCAGAAACGGAUCUUCUUCACAGACAGACAUAUGCAGCUUCUCAUCAGCUUCCAGGAUAUGCUACCACCCACCAUCCUACUGGUCUUUCUGGAAUAUUUGAUACUAGUAUGCACAGUGCUGGAAGUAACACUAAAGAAACUUCAGUUAUGAACUUUCUCUCUGCAAUUGAGUCUCGCACUGCUCAGGCUGCUGCUUCAGGAACUACCCUUUUACCACAAUUCAGGGCUCCAUCAUGGCAGACAGGUAUGCAUUCCUCAGCAACAACAGAACUAUUUGUUACUGGAGCAUUGCCAACCUCUGGAACAUUUCCACCAACAUCUGCUUUAUCAGCUUAUCAGCAUCCCAAUUCUUUCAGCAGUAGAAACUUUGCUACUACUCCAUCUCUCACACUUCAAGAUGCAACAUUCAGUGCUGCAUCAAAUGGUCUUUUAACUGCUCACGACCCUUUAUUGCAAAUCAAGACAUCGCAAGGCACAGUUCCAACUGCUUUGACAUUUGAGCGCUUAGGCAGCUCUGUUUUAAGUACCAGCAUACCACCUCAGUCAUCAACGUACCGUUCUGCUCAAGAGUCCGCACCCCAUCUCUUGCAACCUCAGUUUAGUUUGUUGCCUUCAACACUUGGAGGAGCUCAGCAGGCUUCUCAGGCAUAUAGCACAUCCGUCUUUUCUGGUUCUACUGCCUCCAUUGAUAGAGCACUUCAGCGAGAAUGUAGUGUUAUUAAACACCAUCAGCGGCCUUCAAGUACACAGUCUGUUCAGGCACAACUGACUGGUUCACAGCAUUCCUUACACAGUUAUUUAUCAAGUACAAGUGGAGUUAAUUUUCAGGAUACAUCCAGGCAGUCAGCACUGUCCUGCAGUCCAGUUGGAGAUGCUACUCAGGUGAGCAAUGGAGGAUCACAACAGAAGACCUCUCAAGUCUCAGUGGAACUUGCUCAGUCUUAUACAUCUGCAAUUCCAUCACCUGGUUUCCCAUCUACUUCUACAGCAAAAGCAAAAAACUGUUCUACAAAGCAGCUAUCAAGGUCAACAAAGACCCCCAAACCUCAAAAUGUAGCCUCUCCUGUGCAGACACAAAGCUAUUCCAAAACUGCACAAAACCAGAGUUCAGUAAUAGCAGGCCAAGCACAAAUCUAUUCUACAGCACAGCUACCAAGUCUGUUGUCAGUCAGCCAAUCCCAAAACUAUGUUUCCACACAGUCACAGAAUAUGCCAUCUGUCAGUCAUUCACAAAUUUUCUCAUCUAGCAAGGUUGAGAAGCUGCCCUCAUUAUAUAAAACACUGACUUUUUCUGGGCAGUCGCAAACUAUAACUUCUGAUAGUCAGACAACACUAAGUUACUCUGCAGAUCAACAGGUAUUAACUUCAGUUCCAAAUGAGAACUACUCUGGUCAAACAAGGGAUCUUUCUUCAGUUAGCCAAUCUCAGAGUUAUUCUUCUAAUCACUCUCAGGGUUUAUCUCCCGUUAACCAAUCACAGGUUAGUUAUUCAUCUCAAUCACAGGUUUUGUCAGCUGUUAGUCCUUCAGAAAGUUAUACGUCAGGGCAGUCUUUAACAUUAACUUCACCUUCUCUUCCAUUUUCUUCCUCCCCUCGUAUUCAAAAUUUGUCAGCCUCAAGCCCAAACCAGAACUAUAUUUCUUUACAUUCUUCUCAGAAUUCUCAGACACAAGAAUCAUCUUCUCCACAGUCUCAAAAGUUUUUGACAGCUGUUCAGUCUCCUACUUUUGCAUCCCCAGCUCAUUCACAGACACUGCAAAACAAUAGAUCUUCCUCAGAUACAAAAACAUAUGUUAAAAGGAAAUCUGACUCUAACUUGUAUGCUUCAUCAAAACAGGAAGAUGAAUUGUCAAUGCAAGAUUUACAGGCAUUACAACAGCAAGCUUCUCUUGAAUCCUCUACACAAAGGCUAACUGAUAGUGAAAUUAAUGCUCAGGACGCUGCCUAUAGGGUCUCAAAGGCAGAUGACAGAUAUUCUCAAAGUGUAAUCAGAAGUAAUUCUCGUCUUGAAGAUCAAGUUGUUGGGCUUACUCUUCAAGGGUCAAAAAAAGAUGAGAGGAUGGUUGGUUCUGUGGCACAGCUUACUCAGCAGAUUGGCCAUAUCACUAAUGUAAUAAGCCAUGAUAUUAAAAAGGCAGCUAAUUUAAUGCAGACAACACAAGUAAGUGUAAAUGCUAAAGAACUAAACCAGCAGCAUUCUCUUAUGCAUAAGGUACACGAAACUAAGGCCCAAGAACAGCAGGGCCAAGUCAUUAGCACAUCAUCACAGAUUCAAGCUCAUGCCUUGAGGCAUGGCAAUCAACUAUGUUUGCCUAAUGCACAGGUACUUCUGGAAUCUGCCUGUGACUUACAAAUUCUUCAGCAGUCUAUACUGCAGUCAAGCUUAGGACAAGCAAAGGCAUCUCCACAUGUGCGACGAAUACAGAGUCCUCAGCAUGUAGCACAUCAGUUCCUUCAAAUGGAUAGUCACAUUAUUCAAAGUAAUGGGGGUCAUUCUCAGCAACAGCUUCAUCCUCAAAAUGCAGAAGUUAUUAAAAUGGACAUUUCUGAGUCCUCAAAACCACUACAGCAACAUAUGACAUCAAAAGACCAUUUUACUCAACCAAAUCAACAUGAAUCAAAGAAUCAGUUUGUUUCUCUUGGUUCGAUAUGUUUUCCAGAGUCUAUGCUUCUCAGUGAUGAGAGGAAUAUAUUGUCUAAUGUGGAUGACAUCUUAGCAGCAACAGCAGCAGUGUGUGGGGUCACGCCAUCAGAAUUUGCCAAAUCCACAUCUCAUGAAGAAGAAAUUCAAUCUGUUGAAAAUGGUGAUGAUUCCAAAUCUCAGUUCCAGUCAAUAGAUGUACGACACAUAUCUCCUAGUUUCAGCUCCUCACCCACUGUAGUUGGAAAACCACACAGCAUAAAUAAUAUUUCUCUAAAUGGAAGCCAAGUUACUAUAAACCUUACAACAGUGUCUACAAUACAAUCAAAACAUGUGAUCCUUGAUCAACGUAUGGAGACUUCUGAUCAAAACAUAUCAGCUAGAAUGACUUCUCCAGCCCUUGGACCUAGUCAGGAGGAGCAAGAACAAGGUUCUGGCAAAGUUAAGAAACAGUCUAGCAUUAGUCAUGAAUCUGAAGAAGACAAUGAUGUUCCCAUUGAUGGUACACUGAAUGCUAGAGACUCAGAAUUUGUUUCAAGUGGUCGGAGUCUAAGUGAAGAGAGCGUUACAUCAGAUAAUGAUUUUAAUAUGGGUUGUGAUAAUGGCAUUGUAGUAGGUAACAAGAUUAAAGGUCCAUUGCAACCAAUAUCUGUGCUACAACCAGGAGAUGGAAGUGGUAGCAAAACUGAAGAAGAGAACCAAGAUUUAAGUCAAGGGAACUUUCAAAAGAAAAAAAGUAAAGGAAAAAGCCAAAUAAAAAAUGCUACAGAAGAUGACAGUGCAAGCCAGAAACAACUGAAACGAAGUGGACAAUGCAAACGUCAGAAUAUAAGAGGAACUGACAUAUGUUUACCAUAUUCUUCUCCUGUUUCUGAAAGUUAUGAUAUUUAUCAACACCAAGAAAGAAUGAGGCAAAAAAUUAAAGAAGUGGAAGAAAAGCAACCAGAAGUCAAAACAGGAUUCCUUGCAUCUUUUUUAGACUUUCUAAAAUCUGGGCCCAGGCAACAGUUUUCAGCACCUGCUGUACGAAUGCCUAACAGGACUAGGCGGCCAGUUACCCAGAUAGUCCGUGCCCCAGGUCCCCAGCCACUUUCAAAGCCACAGCCAGCAGCAGCAGCCGCCCCUUUGUCUGUUGAGGGUGGCUGUGAAAGUCCAACCAAAAAAGUUGAUGAUGAACUUAAGAAAAAUUUGGAAACAUUGCCUUCAUUUUCUUCUGAUGAAGAUGAUUCUGUAGGGGGUAACCACGAUCUUCAGAAGAGCAUUUCUACAGCAUUAUCAGCUUUGGAUGAUACUGCUGACAAAAAAAACAAAUCAGAAACUGAAAAAGUGGCAGUUGCUACUACUGCCAACACCACUGCUCUUGUAAAGCAGGAAUCUCCAAACACUACUGCUCCUGUGGUAAAUGUUCAGGAGAAAACAAGUUCAGCAGAACUCCUAAAGAUAGCUGACCAGGAUGGUGUGACUUCAGACCAGUUAGCAAAAAUACAGGCAGCUGUUGCAAUAGAAGGAUGUACUGAUGAGGAGAAUACGGACAGUGGAGGAGAGGGCAUGUACAGAGAACGUGAUGAAUUUGUAGUGAAGAUUGAAGAUAUAGAUAUGCUAAAGAUGGCUUUACAAACGGGAAAAGAGCCUCCAGCAAUCUGGAAAGUACAAAAGGCUUUGUUACAAAAGUUUGUUCCUGAAGUUCGAGAUGCACAGAGAGAGUUUGCUGCUACUAAUAGUUAUCUUGGGUAUUUUGGGGAUGCAAAAAUGAAAUACAAACGGGUGUAUGUGAAGUUCAUUGAAAAUGCAAACAAAAAGGAGUAUGUCCGAGUCUGUUCAAAAAAACCACGAAGUAAACCUGUACAGUCUGCAAGGCCCAUUCAUUACAAACCAAGUAACAGCACCAGCAAAGCUCCUGAUCCUCCAGCACCAAAAACUACAACAACAAAAGUCUCUUCUGUGAAACCCAAAGCUAAACAGCCAAAGAUAAAGGCUGAACCACCACCAAAGAAACGGAAAAAAUGGAAAGAAGAGUUUUCAUCUUCCCAGUCUGAUUCUUCUCCUGAAGCCCAGAGUGAUGAGGAUGAACUUGUCCCUCCAUCUCCUUUUUUCACCCGCUUUUUGAACACACGAGCUAUGAAGGAGACCUUUAAGAGUUAUAUGGAGCUGCUUGUUAGCAUUGCCUUAGAUCCAGAUACAAUGCAAGCCUUGGAAAAGAGCAAUGAUGAGCUUCUUUUGCCUCAUAUGAGAAAAAUUGAUGGCAUGCUGAAUGACAACAGGAAAAGACUGCUUUCCAAACUACGUUUGGAGCAUACGUUCAAGAGUGCUUUGGAAAACUUUCCUGAACUGACAGUAAUCACUCGCGAUUCUAAAACAAAAAGUGGAGGAGCUGCUCUUUCUAAAAUCAGAAUGAAUGGUAAAGCUUACAACAAGAAAACACUGAGGACUUCUAAAUCAACCACUAAGUUAGCACACGAGUUUACUGUAGAUCCAGAAAAAAUACAGUUGUACUCUUUGUAUCACUCACUCCAUCAUUACAAAUACCACAUAUAUCUGACAUGUAAAGAGGAGAUUUCUUCUGUUCAGAAAAAGAGUGCAGAUCUAGGACAGGAGGAGAUUGUUCAGCUGUGCAUGAAAAAUAUAAAAUGGGUGGAGGAUCUGUUUGAAAAGUUUGGUGAACUUUUGAAUCAUGUACAGCAGAAGUGUUCAUAACAAACUUUCUUCAGAAUCUGACAUUUUUCUACAGCACUAACCUGAUGGAAAAGAAAGCUCAGAGAAAGACUCUGAUUCUCGUACAAUACCAGACUAUGUUCUUAUUCAUAGGCAUUUUAUUUCUCUUGUGGAACUUUGUCCUUUGGCGCCUGCUAAGGAAAAGUGAUGCUGCCAAGGAAAUGAGUCUUUUAGAGAUGGAAGUAAACAUAAACAUCACCACAUUUUAACCUGAAUAAUGAUUUUUGUAUUUUGUAAACUAUUGGGUAACUUAGUUUUAUUUUCAGAAAUGUUUUUGACAAAUGAUAAAGCAUGCACUAAGUAUAAUUUUUUUUUUUAUUGCUAUAGAGAUAACACUUAAAAUACUAUGGCUGUUUCCGACUCUGGUGAACACCAAAAAGAGUCAGGGCUGGGAUAAACUAAUAUUUGCAUUUCUGUCUGGCCAUGAAAUUUAGAGUAUUAUGCAUUUUGUAAACAGAGCUGGUGUGACAUCAAAUUCUGUAUACAAAUAUUGCCAUCAUAAAAUUCAGAAAUGUAAUUAUGCUUUAUGGACUCCUUUUACUAUUAUCAUGUUCAGGAGACUGAACAUGGAGUUGGUGCAAUCCGAUGACUGCUUUUUGUGUCAAAUUAUAUUGUAAUGAAAGACAAUGACCUUAACUAUUUUCCCUGUUUUGAAGAAAAAUAUUUUCCUUUAUACUGUGUUUUUUGUUUUUUCUUUUUUGGAAAAAAAAUUCAAUUGUACAUUUUAUCUCACUAAUAGUUGUAUUUUUCACAGAGAAAAUAUUGUGGUUAAAGUUGUUUCAUGUAUCUUUGUAAUACACUUUACAUUGUUUUCAGUAAAUCUUAUUCAUUUAUAUGUUGAUUUCAUAUUGUAAACUAUAUAUCUUGAGGUAACCCUUUUUGUUUAUACAGGUUUUCUUCAGUGUUAACCAGAAUAAUGCAUAAUAGACUAGUUUUGCUUUAAGUGUAGUUGUGUUAGACACUGCAGUUAUUUUCUCAUACGUGAAAAUAAAUUUCUUACUAAACUGGCCCCUGAUUAACUGAGAGUUUAAAUGAAAAGCUACUAUACUUUAUCUUCUGGUCAACAAAGAUUUGUGAAUAGACUAUAUGCAGUGUUAAACACAGCUUACAUAGUUGUUUUUAGAACUGGCAGUGGCAGAGCUAUUCUCUUUUUGGUGCCUUUUAGAUCUUCAGACAUACUUUUGUAGCAUCCCUCCCAUCCAGUUUCUUAACAGUUAAUAGUGCCACUAGUCCCACUCAGACAACGAAUGUAAUAGGCUCAAAACAGUAGAACAUGUUCUUUAAGUGUGCCAACAGAAUGCCUUACUUUCAGUCAUUCAAACUGUGUACAUGCUGGGGCCCAAAAGACCUUUCAUGUCAUUCUUUCCUCAGAUAAUGUUUUGUUUUGGUUUUUUUAAUUCUUUUAUCCUUUAACUGCCACUUAGUGCCUUAAUUUCAACCAGGAAAGCAGGGUGCACCACUGAUUGGCCAAAUAGGACAUGCUUGUAUACAAUGUGGUUUGUUUUCCAGUUUUCUGUUUUGAUCCUAUUUAGCUGCUAAUAUAUUCAUUAGACCUUAGAAUUGUAAAGAAUAUAAUGAAGAGAUGUGAAAGUGAAGUGAUACAAUCUUGAGUAAUCAAAUUAGGGUUUCGAAAAUCAAAAUGUAUGUCAUUUUAACUGGUAGUUAGAUCCUUGUUAAGUUGGAUGUUUGCCAUGUUUCCAAAGGUAUUCAUCUUGUUAAAAGCAAUAAUUCUCCUUUUAAGGUUUGUACCCACAUUACUAUGAACAGACUGACUGAACAAUGGAAGUUGGUAAAUGCCCCUUGUUUACUUUAAAACUUCUUCAUGCUGUACCUGCUUUAAAAAGGCAGUUUAUUACCAUGACAGGAGGUGCGUUGUGUUACUGCUGUGCCUACCAUAAUCAAGGGGAGCGGUAUGGAUUUUGACUUAGGAAGUGUAGAAUGUUAAGAAGCAUCAUGCAGGUAAUUUGCUCUUUCAGUGAAAAGGAGGGAGUUGAGGUGUGAUGGGGUAGGAGAUCUGCUAUAUUUCUUCCAUGCAGUACUGAAUCUGGAAUGAACUGCUUCAUUUCCCCCCCCCGAUUUUGUAAUUAAACUAAUGAGGUGGUACCAAUCAGCAAUGUUACAAACAUUAAUAGUAUUCAUUUAAAAUCUGUUAAUUUAAAUAUGAACACUAAAGUAUAUAGACAUUUAUCUAGAAUAUUAAUUAAUCUAUCAUUUAAAAAUAAAAGCAUGAUGACAUAGAUUGAGCGAACAAUAUGGUUGGCUCUUUGGUUAUACAACAAAGUACUAGUCAGAACUUGUUAGCCACAGGUGCCUUCCUAAUACACCCAUGAAAAAAACAAAUGGAAGACAUUUCUACAUUUUUAAUUUUAUAUGUUUCUACUUUAUGCUUCCUGUAGGAGCCUGAAUUGAAGUUUUAAGAAACCAGUCAUUUCAGCCCAAGCCCCAGACUAAGCCCUCAGACUAUUGGAAACUAAGCAGUGGCUUAUGGAGAAGCUGGUCUUUUCAUAAAAGCAGGUACAUUGAAAAGAAAAAGGGACGGCCUAUCAUUCGCAGUGCUCUGCACUGCCAUGGAGGGAGACCUGGCUUCAGUUCCAGCUCUGUUUCAUUCCCAAGGC